GUGAUAAUUGUUACAGACGGGUGUAUAUUUGUAUUUGCUUUUUACAAAACCAAAGAACAUACAAGUGUCACAAACUUAAUCUAUCAGACUGUCCGUCCAGUGAGAAGCGUGGUAUGUCCGUCCGGACCACGAAUGUCGACCUACCUAACACAAGUGGAACUGCUCCGUCCAGCACACUCGUUACGCUGUCUUCGUGGAGUAUAACAAACCCGCACACACAUCAAACUGACCUACUCCCCAGAAACUGACACUCAAGUGACCUUACUAGAAUACAGUCCAGUAUAUUUUUGACUGAGUUUUGAAAAAGAGUAAUAUAUUGUGUAAAUUUGUUCCACGGUCCAAUAGUUUAUUGAAACCACAGUGAGAGGAGCAGUAGUGGAGCAUGUGGCAGCAGUUUAUGCCACUAUAACAGGAUAUAAUCUGUUUUUUAGCUGCUUAUAAAGGAUAAUAAAUAGAUGUUGAGACUGUGUGGACAAGCUCAAUAUGCUCAUGAUUUAAAUAUGUGUGUACAGUGAGGUGCGGACUAGACACCAUCGUGGUACUUUUGUCGUCGCCUGGUGGUCCUGUUAGUGACAACAGUCACCGCGGGUCACCAGGAAUCACCAAGCAUCAGCAGGAGGCAGGGCGUAGCCCACAUCAAGGUGCAGUGGCGUCCUCAUCCCAAGGCUCUGCCUCCGUCACCACCACCACGGGGCAGGCCAGGAGCCGGGCUCCUCCCCCACCACCGUGCUGCCCAGUUUCCGAAACAGCUUUCCGUCGCCCGCUCCUGAGAUGGACUCGCGACUGUUGCUGCAGGAGAUGCUGUUCCGCCAGACUUGCGGCGUCCCCAGUUCUGGGGGUGUGAUGACGACAGCUAGCGGUGGCUACGUGACAGACAUGCCAGCAGCAGCAGCGGCGGCGGCGGCGGCGGCAGCAGCAGCGGCAGCAGCCGCUGCGGCGGGGGGCGGCCGAGGUGGCAGCGGCGGGAGCGGAGGAGGAGGUGGCGACAGCAGCCACGCCUCUCCGUCGUCGCCGUUGUCGUCGGAGGGCGGGGUGACCACGGCGACUACCACCACCACUACCACCGCCUCCAGGCUCUCCUCCUCCGUCAGCACGUCGUCCCAGCCCUCCCCCAUCACCUCGGCUACCUCCAUCACCGUCACCAACUCCUCCUCACCCCUCCUCACCAUCGUGCCCACCGUGCACGCCAGCCCCACCAGGGCGGAUAGUGCGUCACCCAACGGCAGCCUCGGGGACAUGACGGGCGGCGGGGGCUUGGGCGUCACAACUACUCAUCUCACUGCCCAGGUGGUGGUGGCCAGCUCAGCAGGGUCGGCGACGUCAACAGGGUCCCCCACGGUGUCACUGCCCAAGGGUACUAUCAUCCAGGCCGACUCCCCGCACCUCAUCAUCGGAUCAGAGGGUAACGCGUCCCGUUCCUACACCUCACUAACCCCUGUCAACCCUGGCCUAGUUUCUGAAGGCGAUGGGUCCCUGGAUUCAAGCGGCGGUGUUGGCGUUCAUGGUGCCUAUGUCCAGUAUGUAGACGCCUCGCCAGACCCUCUCUAUUCUUCCACUAAUGGACAGAUGGCGUACCCAGUGUACACGGUGGGGGACACCACCAUGUACUCGGCAGGCAGUACUACCUACUACCAGCCCGGCUCCACCACACCCGUGUCUUACUCUCAGGAGGUGGCGAGUAGUCCUGUAGGAGGUCAGAUCCUAGGAGGGAAUACAUACGUGCUCCAGCAGGGUAUGGAGACAGAUAACCACUCCAUCAUCACCACUAGAGCCUCGCCUCAAACGGAUGAGGGCGUCACCUACAUGGUAAGCGGCAGCACGCCCACCCUCGACAAUGACGCCCAGGCCAACCUAGCCCACGCCACCCGCAUCUCCCCCGCCACUGUUCAAUGGUUGAUGGACAACUACGAAACAGCUGAGGGCGUUAGUCUGCCACGAUCAACCCUUUACAACCACUACCUCCGUCACUGUGCUGAUCACAAGCUCGACCCCGUCAAUGCUGCCUCUUUCGGCAAGCUCAUCCGCAGUGUGUUCCUUGGCCUCCGUACCCGCCGCCUCGGCACUAGGGGUAAUAGUAAAUAUCAUUAUUAUGGCAUCCGUGUCAAGCCCACGUCACAACUCAUUAAUGUAAACGACGAUGGCAGUCCUGUCUCAUUGCGACAACAGUCCUCAGCAACCAACGGCAAGAAGGGCAACCAGCAGCAAACUCAGCAGCAACAUCAGCAACAGGGUAAUGGGAUACAAAAUCAACAAGGCAAGGGUGUGACUUCAAGCAUGCAGAAGAACAGUGACACCCACUAUGAUUCACAUACUCAAGUUCCUGCUGAGGCUUCUCCACAGACACUUCAAAACCAACAGUAUCUUGGUGAUAUUAGCCAAGCUGUGCCUAUAUUUGGGCAGGUAGACUUUGGAACAACGCCACUACCAGCAGGGGUGACAAGAUCUCACCUGCACACAUUUACUGUAUUAUACAAGGAGCAUUGUGAAACUAUUUUGGAAGCUGUAUAUACUCUCCAGUUUUCAGGGGUGGAAAGAUUAUGGAGACGAUUCUGGACGAUAAACAAUAACAACACUGUUACUAACGUGGCCAAAUCAUCAUCUAGUGAAGUGUCUGAUGAUGAUGAUGGAGACUUGGCAUCACUCUUACCGUCAUCUGUCCUUCAGGCCCUGUUACGUGCUCCACCAAUACUAGAGUUUAUGCGCAAUUUUGACUAUCAGUUCUACCAGAACCUUGUGGAAGUGUUAAUACCAGAUGUGCUACGAUCUAUCCCCUCCAGCCUUACUCAAGCUAUCAGAAACUUUGCCAAAAGCCUCGAGUCCUGGUUGUCAAGUGCAAUGUUUGGCUGCCCAUCAGAAGUAGUAAAUAUUAAGGUAACAGCUGUGGCAUCACUGGCUCAGACUCUACGGCGCUACACUUCAUUAAAUCAUUUAGCUCAGGCUGCCAGGGCUGUGCUCCAAAACUCAUCACAAAUUUCUCAAAUGUUGGCUGACCUCAAUCGAGUGGACUUUCACAAUGUCCAAGAACAAGCAUCAUGGGUGUGUCAGUGUGAUGUUGGCUUGGUGGAUCGGUUAGAAGAAGAUUUUAAAUCAACGCUUCAACAACAGAACAGCCUCGAGCAAUGGGCAGAAUGGUUGCAAGCUGUUGUUUCACAAGUACUUCGACCUCAUGAAGGAAAAGUGGAUUUCCCCAAACAAGCUCGACAAUUCCUUUUGAAGUGGUCUUUUUACAGUUCUAUGGUGAUUCGAGACCUCACCCUACGCAGUGCAGCUUCUUUUGGAUCCUUUCAUCUCAUACGACUCUUAUAUGAUGAAUACAUGUUCUACUUGGUAGAACAUCGGGUAGCAUCCUCUUUGGGUCUCACCCCUAUUGCUGUCAUAUCUCAGGGCUUAGGAGGCAACAAGACAGAUUCCAGCAACUAUUUGGCUUACAACGGUGACAGCACAGCCAAUCACAGGUCCGAGGAUGGCAUUCUCCCAGCAUUCAAGCGGCUUAAAUAUGAAACUACGUAAUUGUCUCAAUAAUAACAGAUUAAUAUCAGAUUAAUAUGAGUGCUAAUUGUAGUAUUGUUGUCAUAUACGUCAGUUUUUCAUGUAUAUUUUUGAAUGAAGGUAAUGUAAUCAAAAUUGUAGAAGACUGAUAUAUCUUGUACAUUAUAUAUUCUAUAUAAGUACUUUAUUAUAAACACUGAAUUAUAGAACAUGCCAAUGCAAAUAAUAAACACAAAAUGUAUGUUAAAGGAAAAUGGGGAAUACACAGAUCAGAUUAUAAUGUGUAUCUAGUCAGUAUUACUGAAUGUGGCAACAUUUCCCAUUAAUGUUUCCAAUUCCUGAUAUUAAAAUGAGAACCAUAGAAACAAACUGUAUGUAUUGGAUACAAUAACCAUUUACUACAAAACUUAACUGUACUUAAGAUAAUGUGAAUGCCAAAUUGAUCCAGAAAAAUAGCAAAUGCUCUAGUCAUAGGCAGUAUGAAAAUUUUUAGCACUUAGACAACAUUGUUAAUGAGCUAUUUUCAAUAAAUUAAAAAACAAAGUUUACUCAAGGAAAGUGAUUUCAAAUGCAGUAUGACUACAUUGGGUCCAUAAUACGUAUCGAUAUAUAUUUAUAUUAAAACAUUCUUUGUGCCAGGAAAUUUUAGUACUAAAGUGGGAAUUGGGAUAAAACCGAGGUACUAUAGUCUGUUGUUACUAAAGUUUUGACACACGAGUAACAGGACUUGAAACAUUUGAGUGCUUUUAUAUAGGUAUGUCAAUAGUAUCCUGCACACCAGGGAAGUUUUUCUGUUAGUUGUUUCAGAGAUGUUGUGCAUUUCUAUUUUUAUACAAAAGGAACAACUGAUACACAGUGGGAUGGUGCUGGUGGCCAUUACUGUUAGUUUUCUCUAAACCAGAUUAGGGCUAAGAUGCAACACUUGCCUGUAGGUGAACGCAGCUCACGUCUUAAAGGAAUUGGGUAUGCCAGCCUUUGUUCUAGGUUAGAUCGUGACAAGUCAGUUAAUACUGAUGUUUGCCAUGUCCAUGAAAUGAGUUUUGGUGAUGCAAGAAUAAUAUGACGAUCUGUAGGGAUGAAGUGUUAAGACUUAAUAGAUGGAUGUGUUGUGUCUGCCUACCCUGAAACUGAACCCUCCGAGCCAAACCUCUCCUGCGGGUAAACUGGACAGCAGGAAGGACAUGGCCCGCUCACCAGGCAAACUGGCAUUCUUCCUGUGUGUUGUUGCUUUGCUCAAUGUCUCCAUCCAGUGUGUAAGUCUUUGGAGGAAGUGCAGCAGGACCCCUCCUGGGCUCAGUUUGGAAAUGAGUACUGUAAUACUUUUUUCUUUUUAUUUUACUAUCUAGUGACGGAUUGAGAUAAAAGUAUAGUUGAAACUUUAGUAAGGUUAUGUACACUGUAUCGGAUGUGCUGGAAGAAUGUGUACUAGACAGUAUUAUAGCCAUGUGGUUUGUAGCUUGGUGGCUAGGACAGGACAAGAGACACUUGUGUGCAUCAGGGCACUGAUGACUACCCCAUUUAUAUGGGUGUAUCUGUGUGUUGUGUAGCACCGCGUGGCUUCCAAAGUCCCAUGGUCUGUCCUUGCCUGUCAGAGUAAGGUGCCAUUUUCAUUAUUUGCAGUGGAUAUUUUGGGGUAAUAUCUUGGGUGUUACUCAUCAUUUUUAUGUGGGGACGUGAUAGUAAAUUUACACUUCAUAUCAACUGUUGUUUCUAUUUAAUAUAAUUCCAUAUAAAAUAUUUUUUGACCAUAGUAGAUAAUGGCCUUGAAUAGAGUCUAUACUUAAAUUUGAUCACUGCUGGAACUCUUUCUCUCUGUCUAGUAAAAUUUACAUAGUUGUCAUCAUUAUACUGUAUACACAUAAAAAAAAUUUUCUUCUAGAAAUAUCCUGGCACUGAUAGGUCCAUCCACAGUUGUAAUGAUGAUUAAUGCCCACUGAAAGUACUUCUGUGUUGAAUGUGAUACUCUGUCGUAGGUUUGCCAAGCCUUUUGUUGAUAUAUAAACUGUCUCAGAUGAUAAGGUCUGUGGACCAAGAUUAUAGAUGUUUUUGUGUGCCUACUUCUGAAAAUUACUCAACUUACAGCUAAGUCAACUACAGCUUGCCAAUUAACACGUGUGAUCAUAAAACUGUACUCCCAACAAGUUGUCUGUGUGCCUGUCUCCUCUGCACUGUUUGAUACCCACGAGUGACUUGCUGGUACAAAUAUUAUUCAUAAUCAAGUUCACAACCAACAAGUGGUCACAAUUUGCUUUUGGUAUGAUAAUGUUAAGUAGUAUACAGUAUGUAUUGAUUGAUUAUUUGUAAUGAUUUAUAAGUGUGUGUAGGGAUUUGACGAAUACAUUAUCAGUCACAUUCGGCUUCCUUAUUGACCCUGAGAAGCACAUGGUUGACGUGUCAUCCCUACAUACAUUGUACUUUAUUUAAAGACUGAUUAAUUUGUGGUCAGUCAAUGACAAUGAUCCUAUCAAUUGUUCCAUGUAUAUGUUCGGUAAUUCUGUAAUUUGUGUUAGUGUGGUGCAAAGUUGCAAGUUGUGAUAAUCACAAUACAAUAUAAUUUUAAGGCCAUGUAUCUCUUUAUUUCACCAUCGAUGAGGAUUAUUUAAAACAAGUUCUACAUGUAUUUAAGUGUUUCGGUUGUCAGUUUUACUCAUUACUUUUCUAGUUUUUUAAGUUAUUUGUCAUGAAGUGCAACUUUGCUUCAUCCUUAUUUAUGUUCAGUGUGACAGGCAAAAAACAGGAUUAAUAAUAAUAUCAACACCAGGAUGAGAACAUGGAUGUCACAUUGGUAAUGGUCAUGGCAAAUAAAAUAUGUUACACCACAAAAAUAUUUUAUGGAAAGGAAAAGGAACUUGUAUUUAGGUUACUUUAAAAGUUUCACAAGCCAUUUAUAGCCAUUGCCAGGGAGGUGACUCCAAUUGACCCUGUUGUGUUGCUGACUCAUGUUUCAAUGUAGUUCAGAAUGAGUAAAAGAUAAUAUGUUUUGUAUGUUUGUUUUGUAUAAUGUAUGAUUAAACAAGGAAAUAUUU